UCAUCUAGACACGGACAGAGCAACAUCUUAGGAUUUUAUAAAAAUAAAAUAUUGUAAUGGUGUAAUGGUGUAAUAGCGUACAAAGUCUUUGUAACAUUGCGGGUCAAGGCUAGCAGUCAUCCAUGCUGUUAAUCAAGUGAUCUAAUUGAUAAUAGUGGAUAAUGGCGACUAACAACACUACAUGUGUCAUCGUCUAACAACGGCUUCCUCAAACUCAUGCAAAUAGUUGCACUUUAUGCGCCCAUAGUUCUAAUCUAAAGUACCGGUGCUAAUAAUACAAAAUUAAACGCAGCACGAGUGUAACCACCAUCCUCGCUAGCUUUGCUGCGAAGCAAUUACAUAGUUGGUUGGAAUAGCUGCCGUUCCACUAAUACAAUUUAAUCAUGAGUCUCAAGGUGGGUGGCAUUCAUAUUCAGUGUUGAGUGUGCUUUGUGCCAGAUUUUUAACAUUUUCGAUAAAGUAAAAGUUAAUUAUACUUGUAUGGAGUUGGAACGUUUGCCUACGUUUGCCGCUAGGGGCGCUGUUCCAACUGCUUACAAAUUUGAGUGAACUUUUACGCUAUCGAAAACGUAAAAAAACUCGCACUAAGCACACUGAUAUCUAAGGCCUCUAGUAGACGUUUAACGUCAGUUGACCUGUGAGCUCAUGCUCAAAACAUUAUAAAGUCCUCUUCAUUUCAAUUAAAUUGAUGUUUAGCUAUUCUAUAAAUUAAUGUAUCCAAAUUUAAAUUACAUGUCUCUAGAGUCUAGACGCUUACGACGCAGCUCCCGCCUAAAUAGUUUUAACGAUUUACGACUAUACUUUCCCGAGCGGAUCCGUUCUUUGGGUCACGUUGUACGAGCAAGGUGAAGUUUAUUGUGGUUUCAUAUACUAAGUACACGUUCGGCUACAAUAGAUGUAGCCGUUUAGCUCGUUAAAUCAUGUGGGACGGGUGGUGAGUAUUCAACUGAAUGCGCGCAGUAAACAACGGUCACUAGUCCGUACACACUGGUCCACCCAGUAGAGCCGGCAGUCGGACAGAAGGCACACGUAUCGAAAUCACACAAUAUUUUUAAAAUGACAACCUCACGCUAUUAACGAACACACAAUGGCUCUCAAAACAAGCUUAGUGUUCUGUCUCAUCGCAACGGGUCUUAGCUACGCUUUCAACGGGGACAGCUUCGAGCUGGAGUGCCCGGACGAGUGCGACUGCCACUACUUCAGAAUCAACUGGGUCACGGACUGUUCAGAGAGUAACCUCACCGAAGUGCCAUAUGAUGAGCUCAGCCUCAGCGUGUAUAUUCUAGAUUUGAACGGCAACAACAUUACAACCCUCAAGCCCUUCCCGAACGAUAUCAAGAUGAGGAGAUUGCAAAUAGCUGAUAAUCGACUGACCAGAGUCGAACGUGAAGCGUUCAAGGGCCUGGAAUACUUGAUUGAUAUUGAUUUGUCUGGAAACAACAUCAGUUAUGUGGACCCCGAGGCGUUCUUGGAUUCCCGCGGUUUGCUAAACGUGGAGCUUCAAGACAAUCCAAUAGGCAACGUCGAAGGCCCCUUCCUCGUCUCUCCAACGUUGCAGUAUCUCGAUUUAAGUAACUGCAAUAUAACCUCCAUCAAUUCUCAAUUCUUUGACAAUAUCACAACCCUUAUGACAGUAGACCUCUCCAAUAAUCCUCUGAAAAAUUUAGCAACCGGCGUUUUCGAUAUCUUAACAAGCAUAGAAACUUUGAAACUCAACGACUGCAAGCUCUCGAACAUUUCAGAAGUUUUAUUCGCUAAUGCUGCACACCUGAAGAAUUUGGAAUUGGCCGGAAACUAUCUAAAGCACACAGAUUGGUCUGAAGUACUCGGAAAAUUGGUCAGACUAGAAUAUCUGAAUUUGAGGAAAACUGGUAUAACAUACCUUUCAGAAGACACAUUUUCGAAUUGUACGUAUUUGGUGACGUUAGUACUUGCAGAUAAUGAGCUGCAUGAUUUAGACGUCGCUGCUACGUUGGGCAGUAGCGUGAAUCAUUUAGAAUUGCUCGAUUUAUCCAAUUGCCGCAUCCAGGGCCCUCUGUCCGGCGAAGCGUUCGCUAAUGCGACCAGAUUGAAAAGUCUUUAUCUUUCUGGUAAUCCACUAUUUGCGGCAGACUUACAAGAAGCGCUCGCUCCGCUACCGAAAUUGGAAAGGUUGUUCUUAAGCAAUUGUGGCCUACGCAAUCUUCCAGAUAACUUUAAUGUUUUCGACAAUCUUUUAGAACUAGACAUAUCGCAUAAUCCUCUGAAUAAUGUUUUCACGAGACUUUUAGCUCCAUUAGAAAAAUUAGAAUACUUGAAUAUGGGUCACAGUAAUUUAUCGUAUAUUGGGCCAGAUUCGUUCGCCAAGAUGACCUCGAUGAAAAGAUUAGUUCUCUCUGGAAACGACUUGCUGUCCCUAGAAGCCGGUCUCUUCGGUAAUCUGACGCAACUAACUACGUUAGAAUUAGAAAUGUGUGGCUUAAAACGGCCCUUAAACGCUAACGUAUUUUUUAAAAACCUAACUUAUAUGGACUUGAGAGAAAUAAAACUAGGAAGUAAUCCUUUGGUUAUUCCCGAUAAAGGACCCGUGUUCCCGAAACAGCUGUCGCAAGUAACGACGCUCGAUUUAAGUAAUUGUAAUAUAACAUCACUCAAAGUUGAUGCUUUCAAAAACACAAUAAACUUAACUGAACUGAAUCUGUCAGGCAAUAGAUUACGAUCUAACGAUGGAAAUUUGGCAUUUUUGGAAAUCUUAAAGCAUCUAGAGAAAAUAAAUCUAAGCUAUAAUAAUUUAACGACAAUCGAUCCGCAAAUUUUCACGCACAAUCCGAAAUUACAUUCUUUGAACCUGCUAGGGAAUCCAUUUAUUUGCGACUGCAAAAUCGCUGAGAUGUGGGACUGGGCUAACAUGAUAAAGGGUGACUUAGACGUGCUCGUUGGGGCCAAGAGUGCUGAAAAGGAUAUCGUUGUAAAAGGAAAUAAGAAGAAAAAAUAUCUAUACUGUCAUUAUAAUGAAACUCAACUUCGAAAUGCGAGUUUAAUGUUAAACAAGACAGUACCAGGCAGAAGACCGUUCAUAAAACCAAGAGAACUUAUUUACGCUAACAGGACUUGGGCAAAAUAUGUGCGGGAAUCUGGAUGCGAGCCCGUCGUGAAAAUAUUGAGGCCCAUAGCUUUGGUAGCAGAGAUAUUUGAUUUCACGAACGGACCUAAAAUACCUACCGGCGUUGUAAUAGUUGCAUUAAUAGCGAUUAUCCUUGGUUUAGCCACGCUUAUUAUGACGAUAAGGUUGUUCAGGAGAAACAACACCACGGAAAUAGACUCUGAAACUAGCAGAAAAUCAAGAUAGCAAAUGAAAGUUAAUUUGAGAAAUGGUAGCAGUGCUAUUUAGCACAUAUAUGUAUUAAGUGAUAAUUUUUAUUCCGUUCACGUCCAAUAAUAUUAGAUAUUAUUUUGUAUUUUCAGAACGUAUAGAUUCUAUGAUCUUCGAUUUCAAGAUCAAUGUGUACGUCGAAGUAAAUAGAAAUAUGUCGAAUAUAAAUUUUCACGUUUCCGCUAUUCAAACUAGUCAUUUAUUGUAACUCAAACGGAAAAUCUUUCAUCGUCCUAAAAUAUUUAUAACUCUUAGAUUUAGCUUUCACUAUACGGUUACAAAUAAACGCUGCAGCCUUACUUGUAUUCA